GUUUCAGACCAUAGCUCAUGCCGGAAUACAACUUGAGAGGCAUCACAGUUCAUUUUCCGCAUGAAGCCUAUAAUGUUCAAAAAGCCUUUAUGCAAUCUGUCCUACAGGCAUUGCACGAGGGUUCAAACGCACUGUUAGAGUCUCCAACAGGGACAGGGAAAACGUUGACGCUGCUGUGUGCUGCGCUUGCUUGGCGUCAAGUCUUUGAUACUCGACAUCGAAUGGAAAAUUUGAAGGAACAAAAUGUAUACCAAGACGAAAAUCUGAAGAAAAAAAUGGAGGAAGCAAUCUCCAGUCAUCCUGAAUUAGAAAAUUGGCAAGCUGGUGCCCCCAAAAUAUAUUAUGCUUCUCGAACACAUUCACAGCUGACACAAGUAGUCAAAGAACUAAAGAAUACAAUUUACAAACCAAAGGUCUGCAUUUUGGGAUCACGAGAACAGCUAUGUAUUCACGAAGAUGUUAAGCUAGCAUCUUCUAAUGCUACAAGAACAGCCAUGUGUAGGCGCAAGGUUGCCAGUAAAGCCUGUUCUUACCAUUCAGGUACAAAAGAGGCGAAGAGCUUUUUUCAAGGAGAAGGUGAAAUUAUGGAUAUCGAGGACAUUGUAUCGUUCGGGACAAAGCACAAGGCAUGCCCAUUCUACCUUACAAAGGACUCGCAAUUAGACGCAGAUAUAAUUCUUUUACCGUACAACUAUAUUGUGGAUUCCACAGCCAGAAAGGCGAUGAACAUUGAUCUGUACAACAGUAUAGUCAUCUUUGAUGAAGCUCACAACUUGGAAUCUUGCUGUGGAGAGGCUACCUCAUUUGAACUACCUAUGUCGACAUUGCGCAAGUGCGUACAAGAAUUGAAAGCAUGCCAGAGUGCUGUGGUUCCAAAUAUGAGUGAUUCUGGAUUAAUGAGCCAGAGUUUUGGCGCCUUAGCAGAUCUGCUAGACAGACUCCGAACUACCAUCGACCAAAUUGAACUAUCUUACAGCGACGAGCUUAUCAAACCGGGGAUUUUCAUAUACGAGCUUUUAAACAUGGUGGAAAUCAAUAGUUCAACUGUCGGUUAUCUACAGCAGGGAAUCGAUAGUGCUGUACAAGUACUGACGUCGCUCGACUCAUCCAAUCAGUCGACCUUCUCAUUGAGUAAUCUCAGCAAUGCCCUCAGGAUGAUAUUUAGAACAGAGUAUCUAGUUGACGAUGACCAAACAUUCUCAAUGGCCCAUACUAAAUUUUACAAGGUUCACAUUCAAAAUAUCAAAACGGCGGCAGGCGUAUCGGAAAGGCAACUCAAUUACUGGUGCUUCAGUCCAGGAUUAGCAAUGACGGAUCUUGUCAACCUCAGAGUGCGCUGCGUCAUCUUAGCUAGUGGAACACUCGCACCUUUGUCCUCAUUUGCUUCCGAACUACUAUUAAAGUUUCCUGUACGGCUUGAAAAUGCUCACGUUAUUAAUGCAAAUCAGGCAUUUAUCGCCGUGUUGCCAAAAGGUCCGGCAGGUACCACACUAUCAUCUACAUACGAACAGCGAAGGAAACCUGCCUAUAAAAAUGAACUGGGGAACACCAUUGUCAACUUCAGUAAAGUGGUACCUGAAGGGCUUCUGGUUUUCUUUCCGUCUUAUGCGGUCAUGGCCGAUUGUAUAAGUACAUGGCGUUCUACUAAUGGACAGAACAAGUCUGUUUGGGACCGGCUUACUGAGCAAAAGCAGGUCUUUGUAGAACCCAAAACGAAAUAUGAAUUUUCGCAAGCCAUCAAUGGGUAUUACAGCAGAAUCAAAGAUCCAGCUUUCGAUGGGGCUAUCUUUAUGGCCGUUUGCCGCGGAAAGGUCUCCGAAGGCGUAGAUUUUGCAGAUGGCCGAGGUCGAGCCGUCGUGGUCACAGGUAUACCAUUUGCUCACUCUAAGGAUCCAAAAAUUGUGCAAAAGAAGAAUUUUCUAGAUGAUAUCCGAUCCACUUGUACCGACCUGUCUCAGACUAUUUCAGGCAAUGAAUGGUAUCAGCAACAAGCUCUUCGAGCCGUCAAUCAAGCUAUAGGAAGAGUUAUUCGUCAUCGAAAUGAUUACGGAGCUAUUCUAUUAUGUGACGAACGGUUUGGGAACCCAUCAAUUAUUUCGCAGCUGUCAGCGUGGAUCCGAGACUACGUCAAGGUAUAUCAAAACUUUGGAGAGGUCCAGACGAAAUUGACCAAAUUUUUCAGGGAUAUGAAGCAUGAUGGCCCCUCAUCGACAUCUGAUGCUACAAGACUAGAGAGACACAGUUCAGCACAUACCAGAGAAGCCGCUUUUGCAAGAAGACCCAUUAAUCUUGGAGGCGAUGAUAGUGAAGGGAGCGGGCCUGUCACGAUACGAAAUUAUAACCCGCGAACGACCAUCAUGGCGUUGAAUGAGUACUCCAUAUUACGUGAUAAUCAAAUUCCCAAAACACAACGUGAACACUCGGGUUCUGAUGCUAAGAGAGGUGUUACAGCAACGCUUGAAGAAGCACAGGCUUACUCUACAGAAAUCGCAACACUUGGUCACGAUAAGCACCGGCAAUAUAAACAAAUCGUGCGACAAUUUAAGCGGAAGGAGAUUGGGAUUGAACCAUUUAUUGAUGGCCUCAUCGAUAUAUUCAUUGGAGAGAAUCGGCUGGAUUUGCUACGAAGAUUUCGCAUAUUUCUGCCACAUAAGCACAUCCAGCUGUUUGAUCGUGUAUUAAGAGCACAAGAGCUAAUACCAGAUAAUACUGACGUCGCCGAGAUUAGUCAUGAUGAAUUUCAGGCUAAGAAGCGACGUAUUGAAUAAGCAACAUAGCACCUUAAUGUGUAUCAUAGAGUACUAAUAUUUCAAUCUGUAAAAACAAUCAUAGGAUAGCAUUUAACAAAAUUCACAUUUAAUGAUAGCGCAAUGAGAUGGAGUAUUGAAUAGGGUAUCCUAUUUUAUUCCAGACUGUCAAAAGCAAUAGAAUUACCUUUCAGCAACG